GGAGAAGGUAAUCAUAGCCCGUACUUGGAAGAAUUACUACGAGUAGCGGAACUACAAGAAAAGGGCGGAGCUACACUGCGCAGUUCUUCUUUGUUCAAAAAGGCGUACCAGAAGCAUACUAGUGUCUUGUCUUUAGUUCCAAUAGAAUGGCGCCUAUCGAGGAGUUGCUGCAGACGGUCGGAGCCGCGGGGCCGGGUGACUCCAGCUCCGUGACUGCCGGCUCUGUGCGUGAGAGUGCGGACGCCGCCCGGAGGCAGAUGCAAGAGGCGCUUGAAGGUUUGACGCCUGCGGAGGUUGACUCAAAGUACGGGGACUUCCUGAAAAAUGUCGACGAUGUUACGCAAAAGGUGCAAGACAUCAUCAGCGGGAAGAUCACUGACUUCGACGCCUUCGACAAGGAGCAGAGCGUCAAGGACAAGGCUGACGCCGAAAAGAAGGCAAUUGAAGAUUACGGCAUCCACAAAUCCGUCUUCGAGAAUAUCUUGGCUCCGUUUCUCAAUAAGGAAAACGGGGAUCCAUCACGAUGCUCCUCAGAAUGGACUUGUGCAAGUUCUAAGGAGGCCGAAUACGGCAAUUGCGCAAGGAGGAAGCCGCUGAGAAGCAACAGAAGGUGCUCCUGCAAGGUCGCGACGGCAAGGGCCAAGGCGACGACUACCUGCUCUUUUGCAAGUUCUGCUUUACCGAAUAUUUGACGGACUCCUUAGACAAGUGCACGCGUUGCGGCAAAGAGCCACUGAUGACGCAGGCGGAGCGCAAGAAGGAACUCAUGUUCAAACUAGAGAACUACAAUUAUGGCGGGUCGUGUUUCAUGUCGUGUGCUUGCUCUACUUCUAGAUACCGGAGUCGUAGGAAAUAAAUCCUUCAUUAAUGCAUCUGCUGAGGGCAUAUAAAUUUACAUUUUAGCGAGUACUUAGAUGUAAAAGUAGACAUCCUCGUAUACUUGGAGCGACUUUCAUCUCCCUUUCAGCUUGCUAAGAUAACCCUCGUCGAAUGAAUUGCAACAAUGUCUUGCAUAGAACUCUCUCUAAAUUGUAGAGGAAAAAGCAAAGCACCAAGUUAGGAAAGACAAGUGGCUGCGCUGGAAAAAGUCACAGGCACUACUAGGGAAAUCAAAGGUGAUUAACUACAAAGCGUGGGAAUUCUGGGAGCCUGACUCCGAUAACGAAGACGAGGAAAAUGCGGAGCCGGUCCUUCCCAAAGGUUUUUUGUGCUAAGUUUUUGCAAUGAUGUCAUCAAAAAAAUUGUUUUACUGCGACAAUUUCGCAUCUCACUCUUGUUGUGCGUCCGUGUCACUUUCUUGUCUUGCAUUAACAAGUCCUUUUUAGUAUAAUCAGUUCGCAAGCGAUCACCGAAAAAUAUUACUCAGAUGAUCCGCAGUUUAAGGCACUCGAUGCUGACAUGAAGAAGCGAAAAAAGGAGCGCAUCGAGCGGUAUCACCAAGCCAUGAAGUGCAAAGACGAAGGAAACAAGUUGCUCCAGGCUGGAGAGUACACAAAAGCCAUCGAAAUGUAUAAGGACGGGCUGGAGUACCAAAAAGGUACAGGGUGUGAGUAGUAUAACUAUUCGUGAUUUAGGCUUGAAAUCCUUGAAUCAUAUUCCACAGUUGAUCAUCUUAUCCUCGUAGGUAUGCAUUUGUUUUUGACCAAAAAAGUGUUCCAAACCUUUUCAAUCUUUCAGAUAUGAAGCCGCUGUGGACGAACCGUGCGCUUGCCGAAGUGAAGGUUUAUCGCUAUGAGGAUGCUGCAAGCUCGGCCUCCAAGGUCUUGGAGCUGUGCGAGAUUUUCGAGGAUGGGUUCGAGAAGUCAAAGGACAUGGCAUUCAAGGCUUUUUCACGGCGCGCGAUGGCUUACCGCGGUCUGCAUAAGUGGAAGGAGGCGGUGGAGGAUCUCAAGGAGGCAAUUAGGCUGGAGCCACAUAACAAGGAUGCACGCGAGUUGCUUAGGAAAACCAAGGAGGCGGCGGCUGAAGCAAGAUAUUCCGACGAAGUGGAGCAGCGCUUACGAGAAGAGAAUCAGAAGCGUGCAGAAUUUUUGAAGAAGCAAGGGUUUGUUCCUGCAGAAAUGGAGGAGGAUGCAGCAAAGAUGGAUGAAAUCGGUGCUGACGAGGAGGGCGGUGCGAGCGGAGGAUCAGCGAGUAAGCAGGGAAAGCGAAUCCAUAUAAUAGAUGAGGACUCCUCAGACGAAGAACAGGAGGAUGGCGGAUCGAGCGGCGGCGGUGCUAAAGGCUCAUCAAAUGAAAUCGAAGAGGAGAAGACUUCUGCAGUUGCUGUAGUAGAAAAGAGAGAAACGCUAUUGCCAGCGGAGGGCGAAGAAGAAGCUUCUGCAGAGGCUAGUGUCGAAGCGGAGCCGAAUAGUGCUGCUUCAGGAGGAUCGCAGUCUGCCUCCAGCAGAUUGAGUAGUGCAACCCCCAUCUCGGAUAUGGAUUGGCGGGAAUAUCUUACGCUGCUCGUGAAUCUGGAGAAGAAGAAAGAUGAGCGAGUCCUCUUCUGCAAGCGCCGUGGCGACAAGUCACGUUUAGACGGCCUGAUAUCAGAGUUGGACACGAUGGGCACACGGUGGCGCAAAGCUACCGGAUCAGAGUUUUCUUCCUCGUCGUCGACAUCGGAGCCUUACGCGCCGGUUAAGGUGGCGGACGGCGCUGCAGUCAAGAGCGAAGCGGAAAUUAACAGCGCACUAGCCGCAGCUAGUUCGAAGUCGAAGUCUGCGAAGAAAAAGAAAGCGGCAGCUGCAGAUGCCGACGAUAAGGCUGCGGCGGCGGCUGCGGAUGGAAUAAAGCGCAUCAUAAAGCUCCUCCUGCCGCUCUGCUGCGAAUCAGAUUUCCACUGCGAGUUGUGUGCGCCAGCAGCGCGUUAUCUGUGGCCGGUCAUCGCCGUCGCACCCUACGAUAUCCUUCAAGUCAUGGAUCACAUGAGUCAAAGAUCACAAAGCUGUGUGGCCAUUGCGGUAUCGUCUACUAGGAAAAAGAGAAUGGAAGAGAGAAAUAGAAAUAGAAGAGAAACAAUAGAAAAGUAGACGAGUUUACAACAACAAGCUUCAGACCUUUCUGUAUUCUGAAUCACGAUAUUUUAUGGAGGCCACUCUUGCGUGCUCUUCAUCGGCAUUUUAGUUGCGUCUGUUGCAGUUCUUGGUCGUUGGCAACUGUACUCCUCGUCUAUUGAUUUAGAAAUUAGGAAACCUAAGAUUUACAGGAAUACGCUCUUCGUUAUCCUGAGAAGCUGGGACCAUUUUUCGAGGUCUUGAGGGUGGACUCGAAGGAAAACGUGUUGCCGCCUAAUGUCGAGGAUAUCUUGCAAAAGCCGGAGCAAGCUAUGAAAGACAACGGCAGUCUCGAUGCGAUGCUGCGCCCGAGUGCCCGAGAUCUUGUGCUAGCGGUUCUGUGCAACAUGCAACUGCAUAGUAAAAUGUUCCGGACGGUUCUAGUAGCGGAAAAAGAGCUAAUAAUCGACGCGAUCGCAAAGAAAAUUGAGCUCAUGAACUGGAAGUCGAACGCAUUGAACCUCCUCUGCAACGUCGUUGCGAACGAAAUGGGAAAGGCAGACGCAGUCUUCACUAAACUCGCAGUGGAGGUACAAGCAGUUCCCUGGUUUUGUUUUAGCCGAUCUAGGGCUCGAUGUAUGCAGGAGAAUUGCGUCAAAACUUUCUGAUACUAGAAAAAUCUAUCACGGUCACAAUCAUCUAUAUCUAGUCUCGUAUCCUAACAGCGGUGCCUCGGGAAGAUAAUCGACGUCUUGAAAGACUACGCUGGAAACACUCCCAUGCUAGAGCUUUUCCCGCCUAGCAUACUGACGAAUAUGAAAGAGCAGUAUCUUGGCGUGAUGGUGAAUCUAGUAAACGUCUCUACCGAAGCUAGGCCAAUAGUCGGAAGGAAGAGCGGGUUCUUGAAAUUUUACCUCAAUACCGGUACCGAGGAAGCGAAGAUGCGCGCAGCAAAUGUCGCGUACAGGACAUGACUGAUUUACACUGAUUUUUUUGAGAAGACAAGUACUUGUAUUAACUAUGGCAAGCGUACGACAAACUUGCGUCUCGAUUUCUUUGAGCACUUCUUGAUUCGCAUGAUGUCCGCCAUAGCAUAGUUUUUGCUCGUACAUUCUUCCUUCAGGCAAAAAGUGUUCCUUGGUGCACCGGAUAGCCUCAGCGACGAGCUGCGCGACCUGUGCUUCGAGGUUCUAAGCCAGGCCUUCGCGUUUCAAGGAAGCACGCAGUCGAAAUCCAAGGAUAUUGAUCUGGACGACGAGGCGCAGAUGAAGCAGCUUGAAACCUACGUGAAACUGGGAACAACGCUAAUCACAAAAGUUCCAUCCUUCCAGCGCCUAUUUCUGCCGCUGCCUGGGGCAAAGCCAGAGCUGGACCCAAGGAAGAUUCUUUUGCCAAAUUUGGUAAAAAUAGUGUGCAUCUUCCGACCGAGCGACUACGUACGAGAGACGGAAACAAGAACAAACCCAGUAAUCAAGAUGCAAUCGAACUGCCGUGGGAACUUAGCAGUGCUCUUCGAGUGGAUCGUAAAUCUCGAAAACAAAGGAGGUAAUUAGUUAGUAUAUUGCGGCGUUUUUGUACACGCUUACGAUUGAAUGGCGGCUUCGUAUAAUCUUGAUUUUCCGAUUUUAGCAGCUGUUGCAUUUGUAGCUGUUUGUCCUAACUUUUAUCUAAGUAGAAGUUGUUUACCAGCACAAGAAAUAACCCCCGUGACCAACUUUUUGAAAGGUGCUAGCUUUCCGAGUUACGGCCUCGGCGGCGUCGUUGAGCCAUUUAUCGAGUAUUUGCGGAAAGAGAACGGCUCAGCGCAAAAAAACGCCGGAAUCUGUGUAACAAAGCUUGCCCAGAGCGAGAGGUAUCGUCCUUUGGUCCGGACGCAUCACGGUUUCGAAAGUUUGCAGCAAAUUCAGCUCGGUCUGGUGCAGAAGGAGAAAGAAAAGCCUGUGCCUCGACCCGACUGGAAGCCGCUUACAAGAGGUUCGUCGUGAUAUGUGGCGUCGUUACGGGGUAAUUAUCUCGGACACUAGCUAAUAGGGCAAGUGGGAUAUUAGAGAAAAAUCUGCAUGAAUCGCGCCGUUGCGGCAGACAAAGUACCUCCGCGCAGUCUUCGGGUGACCUCCUACCAAUACAGUUUUCGUGUGAUGAUUUCGUACUGACCUUUUUCGUGAUCUCCAGGCAGACCCGCGCGCUGUGAAGUGACAACGCCUCGGGUUCGGAUUCUCUUGAAGCAGAGGUGCAAAUCCACCUAUGAUGGAAAUCGAGCCUUUCAGGUUUUUUCCAUCGAAAAACUGUUUGUUACGCAAAAAACUGCACGAAUGACUUCCUAAUUCAACGGUGUGAUUUCUACUGAGCACUCUAGUGAGUCCUUAGAUAAUGUGCAAAGUUCUUGACGAGUUUACUAAUUGAAUCCUGCGCAACAAGUGUGUAAAAAAGCGAAGACAU